AUGUCUCUCUCUAAGGUUGCAUGGCUCAUCUUAGGCACAGCUGGCCUGGCCGCAGCUCAUGGACACAUCGAUCGUAUCGACAUUGAUGGCAAGUCCUAUGGUGGAUUCCUGGUUGAUCAAUACCCUCAUGAACAAAACGUCCCUGACCUCAUUGCCUGGUCAACUGCGGAUACUCAGGACGCCUAUGUUCAAACCUUUGAUUACAACCAGUCAAAUAUUAUCUGCCACCAGGAUGCCAAGCCUGGUGUCCUUGCUGGCGAGGUGGCUGCUGGUGGGAAGGUGACCAUCCACUGGAGCAGAUGGUUUGAAGAUCACCGUGGCCCGGUGAUUAGCUAUCUUGCGAACUGCAAUGGGAGCUGCGCUUCUGUGAACAAGACCAAACUUGAGUUUUUCAAAAUUGACGAGGCUGGUCUUCUCGACAACAGCAAGUCCCCCGGAAGAUGGGCCAGCGAUGAGCUCAUGGCUGCCAACAAUACCUGGACAGUCAACAUCCCUUCCGACAUUGCAGCAGGCAAUUAUGUUCUUCGCCAUGAGAUCAUCGCAUUACACAAUGCAAUGAAAGACAAUGGUGCGCAAGCUUACCCACAAUGCAUCAACUUAAAGGUGACAGGCGGUGGCACUGCUACACCGAAAGGCAUUCCUGCCACCCAGUUCUACACACCAACCGAUCCCGGCAUCCUAGUUGAUAUCUUCAACAACCUUGCCACUUAUGUGAUCCCAGGCCCAGCCCUCUACGAGGGUAGGGACGCAGCACCUACGACUACUCGUCCCCCCACCGGAGCGCCUUCUAGCGCCUUGUCUUACUCACCAGCCGGGACGACCCCCACUGCAGCGUUUCAGGGCGGCGGAUAUGUUCCGUACGAGAACUCUUCUCGAAUCACGCCUACACCUGUACCGAGUGACGUGGAGCAGAACGAUCAAGCUUAUUGGGGCUCCCAAUCCUGGACGAGAAGAUCCUCUGGCUGGACUUUCGGCGGCAGGAAGCACGCUCGAGAUAUCUCUAUCUGA